AUGGCUAGACCUGCUAACAUUAAUCAGUUAUUAAGUUCUAUCAAAAAGGGUAAAAACAAUGAAGCUCCAUCCGAUUCUAACAAUGAUGCUUAUAAAGUGGUUAAGCCAAAGUUUCUAGAUAAGGCUAAAAGAGAGAAGAUAAAUGAGCAGAAUCAACUUCCAGAAGCUAAGAAUGGUGAUAUUUCUAAGUAUAACAUUGUGAUUGGCAAUAAGAAGAGUAGACAAGUUGAUGAUGGUGUUAGAAAUAACAAUGAUAUUCGACUAGUCGAUAACGAAAAACAAUCUUCGAAAUUUCAAUUUAACUGGAAUGAGCAAGAGGAUACUCUUUCAAACUAUAAUCCAAUUGUAGGCACCAGCGUGUCUGAUUUGAUAAAAAAUAAUGGUAAUAAACAUUCUAAGAAACUAGAUUCUUUUGAACAUGCUUAUAUGGGGAAACACUGGAAGGAAAAGUCUUUAUCAGAAAUGUCUGAGAGAGAUUGGAGAAUAUUGAGCGAAGAUUAUCAUAUAACUACAAAAGGUGGUAAUAUAUUGCAUCCUAUGAGAAACUGGGAUGAACUUGGACUAAUACCAAACGAUCUUUUGGAAGUACUAAAAAAUAAAUUAAACUUUAUAUCUCCUUCACCAAUUCAGAGGAUAUCAAUUCCAAAUAUUUGUCAAAAAAAUGGACAUUCAACCAAUAGGGACCUCAUGGGUAUUGCUUCAACUGGUUCUGGUAAAACUUUAGCCUUCGUUAUUCCCAUUUUAAUAAAAUUGCUUGGAACAGCUAUCAGACCUUUAUCAUUAAAAGUAAUAGAAGGGCCAAAAGCUUUGAUCCUUGCACCAACAAGAGAGUUGGCACAACAAAUACAGGCUGAAAUUAAAAAAAUUCUUUCUUUGUCAUCAAAUGAGUUAACAAAAAUUACUAGCAUAUGUAUUGUUGGUGGCCAUUCGAUUGAGGAAAUUUCAUAUGAUCUUUCUAAAGGCUGUGAUAUUCUAGUUGCCACGCCUGGUAGAUUGAUUGAUUGUUUGGAGUCACAUUUAAUCGUGAUUGAUAAUGUAAACACAAUAGUUUUGGAUGAGGCUGAUAAAAUGAUUGAUUUUGGAUUUGAAGACCAAGUAACUACAAUUUUAUCAAAAUUACAGAUAAAUGAAAUGAAAGACAAUUUGCAAAAAAUUAUGUUCACAGCUACCAUGACACCUACAAUUGAGCGAAUUGCCAAUGGGUAUCUUCGUAAUGCAUCAUAUGUAUCAAUUGGGAAUUCAGAAGAAUUUGUACCUCAUAUUAACCAACUAGUGUAUUAUUCUCCUAAUGAAAAUUCCAAAUUUCGUAAACUAAAACAAGUGCUUGAACUUUACCCACCCCCAGUCAUAAUAUUCAUCAAUUAUAAAAAAACUGCAGAUUGGCUAGCGACAAAGCUCCAGGAAGAGACUAAUUUUAAAGUAACAACUUUACAUGGUUCUAAAUCACAAGAUCAAAGAGAAUAUUCACUGAAUCUAUUGCGGACAGGAAGAGUUCAAAUUAUGAUAGCUACCAAUGUGGCGGCUAGAGGUAUCGAUAUACCCAAUGUUGGUCUGGUAGUUAAUUAUCAAAUCUCUGAUAGUUUUGAGGAUUAUAUCCACAGAAUUGGUAGAACUGGUAGAGCAGGAAAAGAAGGUACUGCGAUUUCAUUUGUUGGAGAUGACGAAGAUCCAAAAGUUAUUAUCGAACUGUUCAAAUAUAUGACAAAGAAGGAUAAGGAGAGUAAAAAUAAACCUGUUGAUAACAGGUUUGACGAUCUCAUUAAACAAAAAUAUAAUUUGAACAAACUUUUAUCAAGUAAGGACAACAUAAUUCAUUAA